AACAAGGGGCUGAAAGGUUCCGUGUUGACGUUGGCGCUCUCAACUUGAGCUAAACUAGCUCGCAGCUCUUUGUAUGGCAAAGGUUUUUUUUUUUAUCGUGCUUAAAGGUCUGGAAACUAUGACAUUGAAUCAAAGAUCCUAAGAAACAAUGGCGGAUAAAGAUGUUGAUCCUCAUCAGUCGGAUAAAGACGUGAAAACAAAUGAGAUACAAGGCACGGGUCAGGCAGCCAAUCAGGAAGAGAACGACUCUACAGUUACUUCUACAGACACAGAUGCCAUCGCUAAUAAUGACGAUGCACACACAGAGGGUAUGGUGGAAGAUGCUACAAAAGGGCCUGACACUCAAGGCCUAAGAAGUUCAGAAGUCCCGGAAGAAAAUCCUCCACCUGUUGACCAAGACAGGAGUGACAGUGAAAAGACACAAGAGGAGAACCUAAAUAAUAUACAUUGUGAAGCAGAUGGGCCACACCUCAAAGUAAAUGAAUCUGCAACUGGAUCAACUAGUCUCGAGGAGACCACUGCACCACCUGCUGGAGAUGAUGAGGCAACCUUCAAAUCAAGAUCUGACUCUCCACCUGUUCAUCAAUACGUGGGUGACUGUGAGGAAACACAAGAGAUCUUAAAUAAUAUACAUUGUAAGAAAAAAAUUGAUACGUUGAUCCAUGAAGAAGCACAUGGACCACGCAUAAAAUUAAAUCAAGAGUCUGGAGAUGGAUCAACAGUCAGUACCGAGGAGACAACUGCAGCACCUGCUGGAGAUGAAAUGGUUCCAGACAAGGAUGUUGUAACAAUUGGCCCUACAACUCAAGCAGAGCCAGCACCCAUGUCUGAUGUUCCUGUUACUGGUAAAGACAAUAAGAGAAGAACAUUUUGGAUUGGUGUCAUUGGUGUGUUAGUUGUAGCUGUUGCAGCUCUUUUACAACUAGCCCUUCAGCCCAAGCCUCCACCUCAGAAAAAAGAUGUCCACCCAAUAGAAAUCUUUCGCCAAGAAAUGGAAAAAGUGAAGCUCCAAUUCCCAAGUCAGCGUGAAGAGUUGUGGAAAAGAAGCAGGAUCCAUUUGCAAAGACAUUUCUUGAUAACCCAGCACACUGAGCCGGUUAGCAUAAUCCUGACAGCUGGUGUGCGGGCUGAGGGUACACUGCACUGCCUGGCUCAGAGUAUAGCUUCUGCCUUGUCCUCUGCUCUCAAUGCCUCUGUUCUUCACUUAGAAGGAGCCAGCAAAUCCAGCCAGGACAGUGACAUGGUCAAGUCAGACAUUGACAGUCAGCUGCAGAAGGCUUUUGAAGGAGGCAAACCUGUUGCUGUUAUUCACCGUUUUGAGGAGCUACCUCCAGCUUCCACUUUAAUAUUUUAUCGCUACUGUGAUCAUGAGAACGCAGCCUUUAAAAAAACCUUUUUAAUCUUCACAGUACUUCUAGGGGAAGAGGAAGAGAUUGAAGCUAAAAUUCCUCUAAGUGAAGUAGAGGAGAUGGUAACCGACCAUUUACAGAAGAAGUUUCUUGCGCAUGAUCAUCCCACUGCUUUUGAUAAAAUGGACAUAGACAAAUAUGGUGGUCUGUGGAGCCGCAUAUCUCACCUUAUAUUACCUGUAUCAACAGAACGAAGGAUUCAGAAAACCGGAAAAUGCUAACUUAACAGCUGCUUUAGCUUCAACUGAGAACAUUUUAUAAUGGCUCAAUUGCAAAAUUGCCAUUGCAAUGGCAUCAGGGGGCAAGCACCACCCUUUUUAAAUAAAAAAAAAUGUAAUAAAGUCUUAAGCACUUUUGUUUUCAAUCAAAUGUUUUAUCAUGUUUAAAAAAUGGUUUUCAUAGCUAUAAAUCUUUUAAACAACAUUGUUGUUAAGAUAUUUUCUAAGAAUACAGUAGACAUGCUAGGUCUGUCAGAUCCAUGUAAAUGUGCCUUAUACAGCAAUAAAAUCGCGUUAUUUAACU